UGGUCGGUAUGAAUAGCUUUAACAGCGUCAACAGCAGCAGUUUCCACUGUGGAGGGAAGGCGACGAGAGAAACAACAACCGCCUCCCAGCAGAGAUAGAGCAAACUGGUUUUUCGUAUCCGGCUCCUGCGUCCUGUCUCGCGGCUCUGUUGUCCGGAGGAAGCGCGUGAGGAGGCCAGCUACGGCGGGUAGUGUCUGAAAUGCAACGGUGGACUUUAUUCACGCAGCGAGCUAAUUAGCUAACGAGAGGAGUAAGUUAGCCUUGCAGUGAUUUAUGCUAGUGCGUUAACGUUAGCUGGACGGUGAUGUUAGCGGAGUCAUAAAAGUUGAUGCUGUGGUCGUCUCGGUCUGGAGAAGAGUUGGAUUGUCUCUGUAACGUUACUCACGACUGCUCCCUCCAUCCAUUGACUCCACACUGUCCUGAGCUGAGGGGUGACAACUCUGAAUAUGGCGAGUGUUUCAGACAGAGACUAUAAAACUGGCACCUAUAAGUCAAUGGACUGGCACGUUGCCCAGAUAGUGUAUCCAAGAUAAAUAUUGUUAAAGUGGACAAUUCAUGUAAUGGCCAAGGAGAGUGACGGAUUUCAUCUGUGUGUCUCCCUGCACGGCUGCCCAGCAAUGGGUCACCACUGCUAAAGCCAUCUUCUUCAAAGUACAUGGACACUUGCCUCUGUUGAAGCUCAACAAAUUGAUAUUGGUAGACAUGGACUUGUACUGAAUGUAAAGACUGUCUGGAUACUUCAACCGUCACAGCUGUCUCCAGGUCGGACAGAUCAUCUGAGCCUUGCUGCUGGUCACCAGAGCUUACAUGAGGGCCAACAUGUCAAUGUCAGGGUCCACGACCGUGCAGCUUUUCACCAAGCUUCUCAAGCAUGCGGUGGGCAAGGCGCAGAUUCAGCUUAACCGCUGGCUGCAGAGGACUGCCACAGAGGAGUGUGACAAAAUUGACAUCCUCAUAUGCAGCGCCUUCGACGAGACAGGGGCCGUCAUAGGGAAGUCAGAUGGAGACCCCGAGGUCAUCAGUGACACAGGGGGGACGACCUUCAGCAGCAGUGGAGAGUUCAGGCACCCAUGCUGUAUCACCACCUUUUGCUUCAAGAGUGCCCUGCUGGCUUGCAUCCUGACUGCUGUGUGCUUCUCCUCAGUUGCCCUGGUUCGCCAAUACCUCAAGGACCUCCUGCUCUGGGUAGAGAGCUUGGACAGCCUCGUUGGAGCCUUGCUGUUUAUAGUUGGUUUGAUUAUUGUGUCAUUCCCGUGUGGAUGGGGAUAUAUUGUUCUUAAUGUGGCAGCUGGCUACCUCUAUGGCUUUGUGCUGGGAAUGGGACUAGUUAUGGUGGGAGUUUUAAUAGGGACCUUUGUGGCACACUUGGUCUGCAAACGACUAUUAACUGACUGGGUACUGAACAAGGUUGGGAACAGUGAACAGCUCAGUGCUGUCAUACGAGUGGUGGAGGGAGGAAGUGGACUCAAAGUUGUGGCCUUAGCGAGACUCACCCCCAUACCAUUUGGCCUCCAAAAUGCAGUUUUCUCGAUCACAGACGUGUCCUUGCCAAACUACCUGGUGGCCUCCUCUGUGGGUCUCUUGCCCACUCAACUUCUCAACUCCUACCUGGGCACCACGCUUCGCACCAUGGAGGACGUCAUCGCUGAGCAGAGUGUCAGUGGCUACUUUGUAUUCAGCCUCCAGAUCGUCAUCAGCAUUGGCCUGAUGUUCUACGUCGUGCACCGGGCGCAGGUAGAGCUCAAUGCAGCCAUCGCUGCCUGCCAGAUGGAGCUGAAGUCUUCGCACAUGAACGGCUCCUCCACCAAUCACAGUGGCUUCACCUACUGCAGCAAGAGAGCAACAGUCGGUGGUGGAAACUGCAUUAACGUGGUGUGACCGUGAAUCAACACACGAGGCAGCAGCUCGUACGACUAGUUCACCUAAUUGUAGGACUUCCGAGCUCAAGGGAACAAGCUGAGUUUGGACGGUGUCUGAAAUGUGUUGGUGGUGUGGUUUCUAAUUUUCAACUUCAUAUUCUGACCACCCUUGUGCGAAAACCCCGAAAGGGUACAUCUUUAGUUGGUACGGUGUUUUUGUGGGACCACGCACCUUUGAAGAAACGGUACUGAUGGAAAUUGCAGUACAUCAUCUUGGGAGGUUUUUUUUUUCUUUUGAUUAAGGUACUUAACAUUUUCUUAACUUAAUUUACUCUGUUACAGGAGAUGUCAAUGAAAUGAUGUUUAGAGAUAUCAGAGGUGGCUGAAUGAGUGAGUCAUUAAGAACAAUAGCUAGGCAUUAACUGCCUGUUAACACUAUGAAUGUGCAAUCUGGAGCUUUCUAGAGAACCAAGGAAUUGUUUUUCCAUUUCAGUGUCAAGAGAAUGCCAACCUAUGCACCUUUCUGUCAUAAUGCAUCUGUUUUUGUUUACGUUAAGCGAUUUAUGAUCUGUCUACAUCCAGUGCUAACUCACAGUACAAAUAAGGGCCUUAUUAAUAUUUUUUGAAAGAUUUGGCUUUUUAGUCCAGUUCAUUUUUUAAGUGUCUUAUUUUUGGACUAUAGAGAGAAGGGGGGAAGAAGCUCUCAGCGAGCAUUACUAUGUGAUUUCUGCUGGCUUACGACCACAUCAGCUGAAUUGGCCUUGUCUGCCUGGAGAUCAUUUUGGCGUUUCUGCAGUUUUGAUAAGAGCAGCUGGGGAGGAGAGCAGAUUUCACAGCAGGAAACUCAGGAAUGUUUCUGCCAGGAAAGUUGAAGCGCGGCGUGAUCAGCUCUUCGGUAGCACAGCCACAUGUUCUGCUGCGGAAAGAUUCCCACACCGAGCUGAAACUGAGAUGUCAAGCUUUCCUGUAAAUGUUUUUAAUUCAUUUGUAAUUUUGUUUUGCAUUUUUAUUUGGCUGUGAGAUUAUCCAUUAGGAUUAUUGCAUAGUUUUUGCUUAAGAUGGUAGUUUUGACAAAUCUGUGCAAUAGAUCAGAGAACGGUGACAAACUGGCAUGAAUGUCGUAUUUCAGUGCUGAAACCAAACUAAUCAGAAAUACUGUCGUGCAUCAAAAUAACACAAACUUAAGUCUGUGUUUCUUUAUGGUUUUACCUGCUUUACAUUAUAGAUGAUGACUAAGCUAGAUGAGAUAAAGAGGCUGAUAUUUUUUAUGUGCCAUAAUUUGAUAAAGCUUAUCAGACGCCAUGACACUGGCCCCACCUGAACGGAGGCUACAUGUGACUUAUGACUGACUUUAUUUUAUUACCUAAUGUUGCUAGUAAUUACAGAAAUGAUCUGUGAACGAUUUUUGUGUUUUAGCUCUUAAUAGUCCAACAAAGCUCUCAUGCUGUAGGUUCUCUUGCACAGUCCACUACAAACAGUAUUUUCAUACAGAUAAAAUUUGAAAGAGGUUUGGUUGGUCAGAAGUUGAAACCGACGUGUCUCAGAAGCCGACAAUCAAACACAACACGGACACUUAAGUGAUGAAUGUGAUAAUACUUUUUAUUUUUACAUGAAUUAUUGUGAUGCUGCUCCUCAGACAAAGUCUGAUUGAGGAAUAAUAAGGGCUCCUAUAUGAAAUAUCCAUCUUUAUGUCCCUGUGUUUGUAAUGCUGGCACCACCUCUUGUUUUUCAUUUCAGUGUUUUGUACUAAUGUUUUUUCUUUCUUUCUUCAAAGCCAGAUGUAAUGUUUGCCCUACACAUUCCACGCUGUCAGUCCUCUUAAAAGCUGUAGAGUUAUUUCCAUGCUAAAUGUUGGUUGAAAGGGCCCCUUCCUGUCUGAAUUUAGCAAUAAUGUUUGAAAGUCAAAAGCAAAAAAUGAAUAUAUGAUAGAAGUCCUACCAAUAAGAUCCGUUUCCAAGUGUUGGGAAUAGUUGUUUACUUCUGAUGUUAAAGAUCCGCUUGUCAACAUUUAUUUUUCUGUCAAAAGUGAACAAAAACUACAGUUUUUAGUCGAUCCAUGUUCCACUGUAAGGUCGAGUAUUAAUAUUCCCAGGUUUGUGUUUCAGUGUUCAACCUGCCUGUUACCUCCCGCUGCCUCUGAUGGACAUUUCUGCGCUGCCAAUGAUUUGAAAGAGACACAUAAGCAUCUGCGAUCAGAACAGCUUGUUCAGAUUUGUAGCACUUUCUUUGAAGGGUCCCUAAUGGUAUGUGUCCACAGGGGCGCUUUCCAGCAUUGGGCACUUGAUGGGUGUGCCAGUGGGCUUGUGGGCUGUCUGCCCCAAGAUUUCAAACCAAACCAACCUGGCGGCUGGUUUGGAAACGUUCUCUCAUGUCAAAUGAGUUAAAUGUGUUUCUGAAAACAUUUGAGGCAAGAAAUAAGCCAUGUAGUUGCUGAAUUUGUCUUCAUUUAAGAUCGACAACAGUUUUUUAAAAAGUUUUUUUGGGAGUUUUCAGACUGAUUUGCAUAAAUUAGCCUAGAUUCAACUUUAUGCAAGUGAGGAUCAGACACCCUGUCUCUUGAAACACAACACUGCGCUACCAGAAUGCAUUGCAUGGCUUCUAGCAUAGACAAUGAAUGGGAGGCAGGGAAAUGAAAGAUCCUGUGGACACGUACCAUAAACAUGUCAUGUGAAAAUCUUCUGAAUCCGACCCCGACACAUUUUCCAGUUUUUUACUUGAAUUUAAAGUUUACGUAGAGAGAAAAAUGAGUACUAUUUUAUGGCUGCAAGAUUUAUAAUAUCCACCCACUAAUUCUCACUUUCUCAUGUUUUAAAGGCAUGGAAAUUGUUUCACUGACAGCAGUGACAUUUUUAGUUUCCACCCUCCAAACAAAGUGUCAUUCAAUAAGCUGUUCUGAUCACAAGUGCAAAGGAAGUGGACAUUACACCAUGUUUAAUGCAAAAAUCAACACACUUCAUAAUAUUUUAGUCUCUCAACUGGGAUUUUGAAAACUUGACAUCGUGGGGAGAAUGAGCAGUUCUACAGUAAAGGCUUUGGUUCUUCCUAGGUGGGCUCAACUUAACUUAGAUAUAGUUAUGCAACAACUGAUUCCUAAGGGAAGUAUAUUUCAUAGACACCCACACAAGACCUGAAUCUGGGAUAUAACUGCACACCUGGACUGUUAAAGAGGAGUAGAGUGUGAUAUCAUUAACUUUAAGGGUCACGUUAAGGGUCUUGUUUGGUGCUAUGAAAUGCAAUACUUCCCAUCUGUAUCAAGUGCAUUACACAUAUACUGUAUUUUGUAAUACAGAGAAUUUUACAGUGUAUAAAUAUUGAUAUUUAUCGCUGUAUGAUGCUUGUUUAGUGUUAUUUAUGAGAGAGAGAAAAUAAAACCUGUCAGACUUUGAUACAA